AUGGCAGUGCCCGAGCUCACACAACAAAUGUUCGACGCCGACAACGUGCGACAAUCUCAAAGCCAGGAUAAGACGAUGAAGGAGGGUACAUACCGUCUGGUGUUUCACAGGGGUUAUUCGUUUAUUGUCAUCCAGAAUCCUCAGUCCCCUAAUCAACAGCGUUAUAGACCAAGAGAUUCGAAGAAUUCUCUUCGCUACAAGCAGCUCAAGGAUGGCCGCAUCCUUUUGGGUUACAAUGUCCACAAGGCACGUUUCACUGUAAACAAAAUGUUCUUGAACACCCCCAAUGCCAUUCAACAUACUACACGGCCCGCAAUCCCUCAGGCUUCGACACGGUGUAUCGCCGUCUCUACGCGCGGGUCGCUUGCGGACAUUGGAUGGUGUUUUCGCAAAGGCAUCCUUUCGGAACCAUAA